AUGGUUGCGGGCGUGGCGGCGUUUUGCGUCGUCGACGGCCGCACGGGCCGAGCGUUGUACGAAGCCGAUUUCGGGAGCACGCGAAGGGACGACGCGAGACACUUGCGCCAAUUCGUCAUCGCGUCAUCUUUAGACCGACUCAACGAACGGAAAUGGGAAACGCACGCGACGUACUUAAAGAUCAUCGACACCUUCGACUCCGAUUGCUUCAUCCACGCGUAUGUAACGCAAGGCAACAUCCACUUCGUCCUGUUAACGACGAAACGAGAGGAACAAAACGUGAAACAGUUUUUCGAAAGCGUACACGAAGCGACGACGAAAGUACGAAUGUGUCCAUUCUUUUACGGCGAUUCAGACGACCACUUGGGUGAAAUAGAUUGGUUGGCGACGAACGCCAGCUUCGACGCGAAAGUCAGAAGGUGUUCGAGAGUGCUCGGGUGA